CAGUAUUGAAAAUAUAGAAUAGGAUAGAAAAUGUUAGAGUAGCACUCAUGUAGAAAGGGGACACACAGUUUUAUGAAACCUUUGUGUUCUCAGAAUACAUUUAUAUAUAAUGUAUAUAGAAUCUAUAUAUGCAUCCAUUCAGAUUCUGACACACACACAUGCAUGCAUACACAUGCACAUAGCCUUGUAAAAAGUAUUGUUGGUCAUUACCCUUAGGUAAACAAGGCUUUUUAAAUCAAUAGAUCUGUAUGUGAUCUCUGUCAGUCUGAACUACUAUUGAUUUAUCAUUACAGUGGUCAUGUACCUGGAAAGUCCGCAGUUUGAUUAGCUUAUUUGCUGUCUUCCUUAUCGAUACUGCAUAUAUUCUGAUAAUUCAUCAUUUCUGAUGAUAUGAUUCACUAGUGAAGAAUUAUUUGGAGCCUCUGCAUGUAACACUUUUAGGCUUAUGCCUUCUAAUUUUAAUCCUGGACGAGUGGCAUUGCAUUUUUAAAAAUUUUACCAUUUAAGCUUCUCUCAAGGUGAUGGCUUGUCUUUCAUGGUGGAAUUCUGAUAUUUUCCCUUUUCUGUUUAAAUCUCUGAGUUGUCCCUCCCAAAGAACAGAGCUUCUAGCUCUUCUGAGUGACCCUGUCCUUCUUCCUUUUAGUUCCAGCCACCUGUCUGUUCUGGGUGACUCCAUGCCCUACUCCUUUGGAAAUGGACUCCAAGUCCACCAUUUUUGUGACUCAGAUCUCCAGUCUCAGUGUGAAACUGGACACUACUCUAUUUGCAUGUUAGCAAAGAGCGGCUGAUCGUAGAGGAAACGUGACAAUCCGUGUCAUCUGUGAAGAGGACAGACAAAGAGCUGAAGAAGAUUCAUUGAACUGUACUGCGACAGACUAAGUUGGGCGGAGACAAGAGACAGGUACUGUGAAACAGCAGGGUGAAGAGACUCAAAAGUUUCAAGUCAGCCAGGAGAUUACGUCUAUCAACAGAGAGGACCAAGAGCAGGGCAGCCUAGCUGCUGACAUGCUGGGAGUCGUUGAGAGGCUGUCCCUGGUUCUGUCGGUCACCCAGUUCAUUGUGGGGAUUCUUGCCAAUGGUUUCAUCGGGUUGGUCAACAGCAGCAAGUGGGUCAAGAGCAAGAGCAUUUCUUUGUCUGAUUUCCUCAUCACCAACCUGGCCUUUUCCAGGGUCAUUCUGCUGUGGAUUUUCUUGACCGAUGGUCUUUUACUAGUGUUCUCUUACGGGACACAUGACUCAGGGAUAAUGAUGAAAGUUAUUGAUAUUUUCUGGACAUUUACAAACCAUUUGAGCAUUUGGCUUGCCACCUGUCUUGGUGUCCUCUACUGCCUGAAAAUUGCCAGUUUCUCCCACGCCGCAUUCCUCUGGCUCAAGUGGAGAGUGUCCAGGGUGGUGGUGUGGAUGCUCCUGGGGGCACUGCUCUUUGCCGGCAGCAGCACCGUGUCUCUGGUCAAUGAAUUCAAGAUACAUUCUGUCCUCGAAGAAGCUGGUGACUCAGAGAAUGCAACUGAGCUCACCAGAAAGAAGAAAGGAGAAUAUGAACUGAUGCACGUUCUUAUGGCUCUUUGGUACUCCCCUCCUUUGAUUCUGUCCCUGGCCUCCUACGUUUUGCUCAUUCUCUCUUUGGGGAGGCACACACGGCAGAUGCAGCAGAAUGGCGUCAGCCCCAGAGACCAAAGCACUGAGGCCCACAAGAAGGCCAUCAGGAUCAUCCUCUCCUUCCUCUUCCUCUUUCUGCUCUACUUUCUUGCCUUUUUAACUUUAUCCUCCAGUGAUUUCUUACCAGGAACCAAGGUGGUUAAGAUGAUUGGUGAAGUGAUUACUAUGUCUUGUCCUACUGUCCAUUCAUGUAUCCUCAUUCUAGGGAACGACAAGCUGAAGCAGACAUUUGUGGGGAUGCUCCGGUGUAAGUCUUGUCAUCUGAAGCCUGGAUCUAAGGGAUUCUGUUUCCCUUAGAGGGCAUAGGGUGGAGCCCAGGAGUCCUGUGGCCUGGCUCAAGUCUUUGGGAUCCUCCUGACAUUCCCGUGGUACCAGUUCUGUGACAUCAGUAGGAGAGAGACACAGCUGGUUCUGAAAUGGUUGCUUUGGAAGCGGUAAAACAGUCUUCGGGAAUGUCAAGGUAAUGAGAACCCUGGAGCUGUAGUUCAGUCACCAUCAGGUUAGCUUAAUGAAUCUGAGUACAUUUCAGCUUAAGUUUGGCACUGCUGUAAAUAAAAUAGAGACUUCAGUUACAAAAGCUUUGUACCGCUCUAGAUGUGGGUUUGAAUUCUGGUUGUGUCAAUUUCCCAAGGUUUUGGCCUCGUGUGGAUUAGUUUAAUUACUUGUCUGAUUUUUUUCUUCCAUGAUUUUAAUAUAACAUCAACUUCAUAGAAUAAUAGAGAGUCAGGAGAUAAUAUUUUAGGACAGUGUGUUGUGUAAAAUGCUUAGUAAGUGAAGGCUAUUAUAACUAACAGUCAUAGAGCAAGAGCAGUUCCCGUAUAAUACCAGUUUCUGCAGCCCAUUGUGUGAUGAAGAAGGCACUGGAAUGAAAAUCAAGACCUUUGGAUUCGAGGUUCUAAUCUGCUCUUGGGUUUUAUGGUCAUCUUGUUAAAGUAAAUUUACAUUUUCUAAACUGGGCAAAAACACCCAACCACUUCUUCUUUUUUAAACUGAGAUGCUUAUUUGUUUUUAAUUUACAGAAUCUUAUUGAAUUUAAUGUGAGCAGUUUCAUAAGUUUGAUUAAUCUUAUUUAAAUUGAAGUACAUUAAACGCUGAUUCACUUCCUGUCAUUGAGCAGUUUUGAUGUUAGUGGGAAUAUUUUUAUUUUACAUUAAAUAUUUUUAUUUUACAUUAAAAUUCUCAAACUUGUGUAUAUGUUCAGUUAGCACAGAUGGUAUUUCUGUGUUUGUAACAAUAUUUUGGCUCUCGAAUGUGGAGUAUUAUGGCUGAGAAUGUGUUCACUGACGCCAGACACCCUGGGCUCGCUCCCGGCCAUGCACCUUGGGAGCCGGUUCCUUAACCCCUCUCUAUUGCCCUUCUUUGUUUUUAAAGUGGUAAUAGUAAUGGCGUUUUUUAUGGGGUUGUUGGAAGGAAUGAGUGCGUUAGCACAUGAAUGGUGCUCAGAGCCCUACAUGAAGUAAACACUCAGUAAACAUUUUAUUAUUGAAAGGGGUAUAUUUUGACAUAGCCUGAAGGAUUGUCACAUUGCUUGACAUUUAGUCAUAUGUAACCAAAAAUCAA